AUGACUAUCACAACAGACCUUCUAUCCUGGCUCCAACAUGACAAGGCCACCUCCGACCCGCGAGUCUCUCUCGCCCUCCUCGCAGCCGCCUUUUUCGUCCUCAACUUCCUCUUCUUACUCACAUACCUAACUAUAAUAUACCCCUACUUCUACAGCCCAUUCCGCCACCUCCCCAGACCAAAGGGCGAAAUCCCUCUCCUGGGCCAACAUACAACCCCCUACAGCAAACCCCUCGGCUCAACAUACCUCCAGUGGAUGCUCUCAACGCCCAACCAGGGACUAAUAACCUACCGCAGCAUCCUAAACCAAGACCGACUGCUGGUUACAUCGCCCAAAGCAAUCGCCGAGGUCCUAGUGCACAAUACAUAUGCCUACACGAAACACCCUAACGAACGCUCCGUUAUCCAGCGGUUCCUGGGGAACGGGCUUACGAUCUCAGAGGGCGAGGAGCACAGAUUCCAGCGCAAGGCUAUGACACCUAUCUAUGCAUUGCGGAAUAUCAGGUCUUUUUAUGGGUUGUUUUGGGCGAAGGGGGUUGAGUUUGUUAAAUGUCUUGAGGGGAGGGUUUCCUCCUCCACUGAUUUAUCUAUACAUGGUGGGACUUACGGAGUCGAGGAACUGAACCAGUGGGCGAAUCGGACGACGAUGGACAUCAUUGGUCUUGCGGCGCUGGGACGGGACUUUGGAUGUCUUAGCAGCGACGGGGUGGAGAGAGACCUGUUCCAGACGUAUCAGGAGAUCUUCACCUGGGCGCCGGAGAAGGAUGUCUUUAUGGCGCUGAACCGGGUCCUGCCGAGGACGCUUGUGCAGUGGUUGCCGUGGAGGGUGAAUGAGCGGAUCUAUGUUACGAGUGCGACGCUGAGGGACGCUUGUCGGGGGCUGGUGACGGGCAAGAUGGAUGAGUUUCGGCGGCUUGGUGGGCAAGGCGAGGAUUUGAUAUCGAGGAUGAUGAGGUUAGGUGGGUGGGAGGCUGAAGGGUUGGUUGAGCAGCUGCUUACAAUAAUCGCUGCUGGGCAUGAAACGUCGGCAUCGGCAUUUACCUGGGCAUGCCACCUCCUAGCCCAGAACAAGGAUGCGCAGGAACGACUGCGAGCUGAAUUGCGAGAGGUUAUACCAUCGCUACUCAACCAAGAUCCCGCAUCCGAUACCCUCGCAAACAUACUCGAGAACCUCCCCUACCUCAACGCAGUCUGCAACGAAGUCCUCCGCUUCAACCCCCCCGUCCCCCUCAUCCGACGAGUCUGCACCACCCCAACAACAAUCCUAAACCACCCAAUACCCCAAGGAACACAGGUCCUACUCUGCCCCUACGCUCUAAACCGUAGUCCCGAGCUCUGGGGCCCCGACGCCGGCCAAUUCAAGCCAGAGCGCUGGAUCAACCCUGAAACAGGCAAAGCAAACAACGAUGGAGGAAUGGUCAGCAACUACGCCAACCUGACCUUCUCACACGGCCCCAGGAGCUGCAUCGGACAGAACUUUGCGAAAGCAGAGAUGCGAGCGCUAGUUGCGGUUUUUGUCUCCAGGUUCAGGUUUCAACUGGCGAGACCGCUGGAGAAGAUUGUUCCUGUUGGCAUUGUUUCUGUGAGACCGAAGGAUGGGCUGUAUUUGAAGAUUGAAAGGGUGGAAGACGAUUGA